GCGGUUCCUCCUUUUUCCUACAACGAAAACAAUUUAACGAAACAACAGAUUUCCCCCUAAUUCUCUCCCUCUCUCUCUCGUCUCUCUCCUUCCCUCCAUUAACCCUCGUCCCUCCUCCUCCUCCAUCUUCAAUUCUCUCCCCUCUCUCUCUAUCUCUGCAAUCAUCCGAUCUCUACUGUCCCAAGGCCGCCUUCUUAUUCGAUUCUCACGUUUAAUCAAUGGCGACGAAGGACAGAGGUCGGCCGCUGCCCAAGUUCGGGGAGUGGGACGUGAACAACCCUGCCUCCGCUGAGGGGUUCACUGUCAUCUUUAACAAGGCUCGGGACGAAAAGAAGACCAGCAGGACCGCAGCAAACACAGUCUCCCCUCGAAGAACCAAUCCCGCAUACAAGUCCGCAUACAACAACAAGAAGGAGAAGAUUCAGUAUCCUCCUAAUCCUAAAUCUAAGAGGAGGUGGUUUUGCUGUGGAUGAGUUCAAUUCUGACCAGAUCACCAAGGCUUCAGGAACUUCAGGAAUCAUUCGAGUUGUAACUGAAACAAUCAGAGAUGGAGGGCUUCGAAGCUCCUUUUCUUUUCUUUUCUUUUCUUUUUUAAUUGAUUCGGGUUUUCAUCUUUUCCCUUGUCUGUAAGUUUUAUGUGCCUCUGCUGUGUUAUCUUAUACCUUUAACCCGAUGACAGCAUACAGAACAUUGAGUGCUUUACACUUAUAAACUUAUCGAAGACAAAUUGCUUACUGAUAAUC